AUGGGGAGGGCCGGGGGAAGGGGCGUCGCUGCUCGUCUUACGCUUCCAGAGCCGGCAGCAGAGGCGGCGGGGCUGAGCCGCGCAAGAGAUGGGGUUCGCACCAGCCUCUGCCUUUCUCCUGGCGGCCCCGGCGCCACCGCCCCUCGCUGGGCCUCGGCGCCCGAUAGGCCGCGCAGGGUGAGCGCGGGCGCCGGCCGGCGGCACCUCGCCCGGGACUGGAGGCGAGGGCGCGGCGGGGCCGCGGCUGGGGGACUCCGCGAGCCGGGCGGCCCGCGCGCCCCCCAAUCGCAGCAGCUCCGGCCGCAGCCGGGCCGCGGCCGGGACGGAGCUCCCCGCGCGCCCCCCGGGGGCCGGCAGCGGCCGGGAGGCUGCGCGGGGCUAGGCGCCUCGGCCCCGAAGCUCCACGCACCCGGCGGCGGCGGCGGCGGCGGCGGCGCGGGCUCGGGCGCCCUGGCCGCCUCUGAGCCGAUGGCCGGCAGCGACGCGGAUGACGAGGGUCCCGCGCAGAGGGGCCGAGCAGCGAGGCGUCCGGGGGCCCCCGGCGUGCGGGGAGGCGAGGCUGCCUCCAGCCGCCCUGAGCCGCUGUCCACUGCUGAAGCGCCAGCCGAGGGCGCCGCGCUGCCCGCCUGGAUGCGCCUCUACUUCUACGGGAUGCACGGGAUCACCCUGGACGUGCUCCUGUCCGCCGCGCGGCGCUUCGCUCGCAGCCCGGACCUCCGGAUGCUGGGCUUCUCCUCGCCCUACCGCUGCCUCCUGCACUCGCUCACUCACUUCGCCCUGGAGAAGGUCUACCUGCAGCAGCGGCGCUGCCCCAGCGCCUUCGUCUUCCAUUUCCUCCUCUACCCCUCGGCCCACGUGGGGCUGCAGACCCUGGCGGGCGCGCUACUCUGUCCGGGCGGCGGGCCGGGGGGCGCAGCGCCGCCGGGGGCGCUGGAGCUGGCGCUGCAGUACGCGCUGGCGCUCUACCACUGCCGAGUGUUCCUGAAGCGCUUCCUGCGCUUGCGGUACCGGCAGCAGCACAAGCAGCAGCCACAGCGGCGGGGUGUGCCCCCCGCGCCUGCAGGCGCCCGUGUCUCUGCGGCAGCUGGUGGCCGGCGGCGGCGACCUCGCGGCCCCAGGGGCGCCGGGGGAGCCCCCAGGCAGGGGCUGCCGGACCUCCUCCGCUUUCUUUUCUUCGGAAUGCAUGGCUUUCUGGAUGAGAUCUUCUUCACCUUCUUCUUUAACCUGCUGGGGCAGGGGGACGGGACAAGCAGCGGCCACACGUCGCUCUGGUCCUUCUUUAUGUACGGCAGCUGCAGUUUCGUGGUAGAAAAGCUCUACUUCCACCUCCACUACAGUCGGGGUUGGGGCACCUGGAAGCGAGUGCCCUUCUACGUGCUCUUCAUCUACGCGUGGGAGUUGUCCUGGGGUCUGGGACUCCGCACUUGGGGCGCUUGUUCCUGGGACUAUUCUCACUAUCCGCUCAACUUCAUGGGCCUUAUCACCCUGAUGUAUUUACCGGGUUGGAUAUUCCUUAGUGUAUACCAGGACUUACUUUCCAACGUAUUGUGGCGGGUGCAGUACGUACCAACUAACUAA